AUGAAAGCAAUUACACUUGAACAAAGAGCUCGUAUUUACACUCUUAUUCAAGAAGGAUACUCUAGUAGUGAGAUUGCAUUUUGUGAAAAAAUUAGUCAUUCCACUGUUGUAAGAAUAAAACAAAGAAAGGAAAAAACAGGAAGUUUUGACAUUAUACCAAAACCAGGAUGCCCACGCAUACUUUCUGAACAACAUGAUAGGAAUAUCUGCAGACUUAUUAAAUCGGGUGAAUGUUCUAAUGCAAUUCAAAUUCAAAAAAAAUUAAUUUCCAAUAAAAAUAUUAUUGUUUCUCCAAAUACAAUUAGAUGCUCAUUGAAAAGACAAGGUAUGGUAUCUAGAGUGAAAAGGAAAAAACCAUUACUACUAAAACAACAUAGAAUUGCAAGAAAAAAGUUUGCAUGGAAAUAUCGAAAUUGGACUAUAGAGGAUUGGAGGAAGGUUAUCUGGUCAGAUGAAAGUAAAUUCAUGAUUUUUGGUUCAGAUGGAAGGGAGUGGUGUUGGAAAGAUCCAAAAUCACCUUUGCGUCCACAACAUGUUAAGCCAACAGUAAUGAUGGUGGUGGUAGUGAUAGUAAUACAAAAACCAACAGAUCCAGUUUCUCAUGGUCAACUAAAAUGUAGACUUGAAUUUUUCCCAAAAUUACCUAAUGAUAUGACUGAUCCUUCUCUAACCGGAAUGAAUUUACAAUUAACGGCUGCACCAUAUAAUGAUGAUUCAUCAACAAUAUCAAUGGCUGAUAAUCAUUAUAAUAUAAAUUAUCCAAAUCCAUACGUGGUUGUCUAUUUGAAUGAUGCUAUAGAUCAAUAG